CGCCGCCGCACCGGCGCCCCUGCGCAUGAGCGCAGCGCUCUCCUCUCCGCCCCGCCCCUGUCCCAGCCUCCCUCGCGGCGGGCGGGCGCGCGGCGGGUGAAGGGGCGGGGCGGGCCCGAGUCGAUGGCGGUGGCGGCUUUCUGAGCCCGGCCCGGCAGCACCGGCACCGGCACCGGCACCGCCAUGCACAGCCUGACCGCAACCGCGCCUGUGCCAACAGCGCUGGCUCAGGUUGACCGUGAAAAGAUCUACCAGUGGAUCAAUGAGCUGUCCAGCCCUGAGACGCGGGAGAACGCGCUGCUGGAGCUGAGCAAGAAGCGCGAGUCCGUGCCUGACCUUGCCCCGAUGCUGUGGCACUCAUUUGGCACAAUCGCAGCGCUCCUUCAGGAAAUUGUAAACAUUUAUCCAUCAAUAAACCCUCCAACUUUGACAGCCCAUCAGUCCAACAGAGUCUGCAAUGCUUUAGCUCUGCUGCAGUGUGUUGCAUCGCAUCCUGAGACAAGGUCAGCUUUUCUGGCAGCUCAUAUCCCUCUCUUCCUGUACCCCUUCUUGCACACGGUGAGCAAGACACGUCCGUUUGAGUACUUGCGGCUCACGAGCCUCGGAGUGAUUGGGGCCUUGGUGAAAACUGAUGAGCAAGAAGUGAUAAAUUUUUUGUUGACAACAGAAAUUAUCCCCUUGUGCUUGCGCAUCAUGGAGUCUGGCAGCGAACUCUCCAAAACAGUUGCUACGUUCAUUCUUCAGAAAAUUCUCCUGGAUGACACAGGGCUGGCAUAUAUCUGUCAGACUUACGAGCGGUUUUCCCAUGUUGCCAUGAUAUUGGGUAAAAUGGUCCUGCAGCUCUCCAAGGAGCCGUCGGCACGGCUACUGAAACAUGUUGUCCGCUGCUACCUUCGCCUUUCUGAUAACCCCAGAUGUAGGGCACGUGAAGCUCUCAGACAGUGCCUUCCUGACCAACUGAAGGAUACCACCUUCGCCCAGGUCCUGAAGGAUGACACGACCACAAAGCGCUGGCUAGCUCAGCUCGUCAAGAACCUGCAAGAAGGUCAAGUCACUGACCCACGGGGCAUCCCUCUUCCUCCGCAAUGACUGCUGAGGGAGGUGGGGGACCAGGGAAGAAACAGCUCAGGUUUACAAAGAACCAGGAACAGGUGACCUCUUCUGCAACAAACUGGGCACGCCAGCUGGCUGCCGGCCUGCCUGACCAUCCCACCCAGCCAAAAGGCUGCUCUGCAGCAGUGCAGCAUGCCUCCGGAGAUCGCAACACCAGCAAAUGAUGAUACUACAACUUCAAAAAAACAAAUCGAUAAAACCAAUCUGUAAAGAUCCCCAUCUCUCCAGGAGGCUUGGCUGGCAUCUCCCCACUGCCAGACAGCAGGUAGUGGAUGUCCGCUCUUCCAGCUAGCUCAGCCUCCGCCCAAGCGGUGCGUGACACGGAGUGUGUGCGCCAUGUCCCUCUAGUUCCUUGUCACUUCUUGUUUACACGUCUGUUCAAGUGAGUGAGCUGAAUAAAAGCUGAUCCAGUUGUUUUAUCCCCUCCUAAGACUGCUCCUCAGCUGCAGGUAGCCUGGGGACAGCUUUCUUCCCUGCCAGUGUAUCCUUACUCCUGGCUCUGAUCCAGCUGGCACAGCGAGCUUCUCCCUUUCCUUUGGUGUGGAGGCAGUGGCUGGAGCUGGGCUUGCCCCAAGAGGAGAGGUGGAUUACUUGUGAUGAACCCACCCGUCGUAAGCUCGCUUCCCAGGGCUCUGGGGGAGGAGAAGACGGCAGGACUGUGGCUCUUGUGCUGUAAAUAGCAUGCUCUGGCAGCUAACCAGUGGCCAGACGCUGAUGUGUGCUGGCUUCCCAUCUAGCCCAGCUCAGGCCUGGCGGGGCCACUGGCUGGCUCGUCAAGCAGAGCUGAGUGUUAGGGAACCUGCCUUGUGGGGGUGGGCAGGCCAUCCACCGAUUAUCCUGUGCUGUGCGACAGCUGGGAGUGACAUCCUGCGGGCUCCAGGUAUGACAGCUGCUGCAUCCCCCGCUGCCUGCCAGGUGCCUCUCAGUCCUGGGUCCCCCUCCCUUUUCCCCCCUCCAGCUCAUCUUUGCCAGCUGUCCGCAUCCGUUUCAGCUCUCAGACCUGCCUUGGCGCCUGCCUCUGCCCCACCGCAAUUAAACAGGACCAGCAGCCGCUUACCUGCCCUCCCUGUGCCAAGGCGUUAGUGUGGCCACGGUGGGCGCUCCGAUGCAGAUGAGCUCCCGGGCUCUGCUGCAGCAGAGCCAGCGCUUGGCUGCAGGCAAGCCUGGGCAGCUACUUGAUGCCUCCCCCCUCCUCGAGUGGCCCAUUUUGCUGAUUAUCUGCGAUGUUGUGCCAACGGUGUCUUAAAUCUCCUUUCCCUUCCCUCCUCCCCUCUCAGCCUUGCGUAACAAGGGCAGAGCACAAGGGCAGAGCACAGCCUCUUCCUUGCCCCCAGGGUCCUGUAAAACCAUUGCCUUCUCUCUUCUCUCCACUCUGACCUUGACAGGGUGUGCAAAUGCUUCUGUUUGGUUGGUUUGGGUUUUGGCUUUUUUUUUGUAAGUUCAGAUUAAUAAAUAAUAAAACCCCAGCCAGCACA